AUACCUUGUUAUUAUUCAGUUCGCGAUCUGCUUGGAGAAAAAAGAAGUUCGCAAGGGGAGAAACUCAUCGAUCACGCAACUCCACACAGCAACUGUCACCCACAAUUCAAUCCCAUAAACCGGAAUAAGGUCCCUUGUAGCAACUAGUCUUUGAAGAGAGUAAGCUGAAGUUCAAUGGCCGAUCAAUCCACGAGUUCGUCCCGAUCGGAAAGUCCGGAUCCGAUGCCGGAAUCGGGCCAACCACAGCCUUCGUGCGGAACUCGGGACACGGAAAUCAAACUGCUGGCCACGGUUCGACACUGUCUGGAGCAGGGCCAAUUCCUGCGGAAGACUCGCUGCGAGAUGCGCCGGAAGGUUCUGGACGCGAUCCAGGGUUCCGGGGACAAUUUCUUCCUCGGCGGCCAGGGACAACAACAAGGCCAACCGCCAAAGGCGGUUCAACUCAUCAAUCAAAUGAUCCUGGAAUACUUCGACUGGUACAAUCUCCAGUACUCUUCCGAAAUGUUCUCCGUCGAAUCGGGAACGGCUCGUCUGGAGCGCCCGAUUCGCCGGGAGAUGUUGCGAUCUUCGCUGAAAGCACAUCUGGAGGAUCCCCUGGAGUUCCAAUCGGAUCUGCCGAUCCUAGCCGAACUGGUGAUGAAGAUGACACUGACUGGAUCCGAUCAAGAAUCGUAAUCCCCGGAUCCAACGCGCGAAAGUAUGCAAACAAUAAAAACAAAACUAUGUACCCGAAGCGCAGCUAACGAUCAAUAAAACUAAU